UGUCAUAUUGACCAUCUGAAUAAGAGCCUAAGUCAUAUUGACUUUUGCUAAAAAUAUCAUGAAACUCCUCACAUAACUCUUUUAAUUUAUUUAAAUCUUCUUGAUCAACCUGAGCCUGCGUAAAAUCUAUCUUAAACUUUGGGUCCUCAAUUAUUUUAGUAUUUUCAUGUGAUAUAUUAUUUAUUGUUUCAGUCUCUAUUAGUAUAUUAGGGUUCACUGAGUCAAGAGUUAGUGGAGAUGAGAGUGCUAUAUGUUGAUUUUUAUGAAUGUUUAUUAUGUUCUGUGUUGGGUUUGUUAAUACAAUUUUUAUUAAGCCAUUUUGUGAAUUAUUUACUAGGGGCACCAUUCCUAUAUUUUUCUCCCUCAUUUUCUCUUCAAGAUGAGUAAUUAUGUAAGUUGAGUUAGUGGAUAUUUCAUUUUCAAUGGUUCCUGUUAUUAUUGUUUGAGAAUUGGGAUUUAAGGAAAUAGAGUUAGCUGAUGAUAUUCUAAAAUACGUAUUGUUCGGAUGAUCAGACAUUUUUAUUUGUGUACGUCCAAAAUGUACUUC